GUGUCAUAAAACAAGAUUGUAAUGUAAACAAUCGCACGUGUUACUGUAAUUAGGCUCUCGAAAACGAGGCGAAGAACCAUGGAAAACAUCCCAAGAAAAUGCGCGGUUUGUGAAGAGAAGCAGUAUAAAUACAGAUGUCCAAAGUGCAGAAUAUUGUAUUGCUCAGUGCCCUGUUUCAAGGAGCACAAAUCAGAAGGGUCUUGUGAAAAGGAAAGUCUGAAGCCCAGUAGUGAUGGAGGUCCUGUAAAAGAAGAAAUCGCAAGAGAAGAUGGAGAAGUUUCAGGAGGUGAUGAGGACAUGAACAAAGAAUCCACUCCAGACGAACUCUCACAAAAACAGCUCAAUAAACUGGAUGAAUCAGACACAGUGAAAGAUCUUCUUCAGAAUCCCCAUUUGAGGGUACUUGUUACACAGUUGGAUCAAGCCAAGGAAAAGGAUAAAGCCAUAGAGCGUGUCAUGCAGGAACCUAUUUUUGUGGAGUUUGCAGAUGCCUGCCUUGCAGCAACAAUAGGACAGGAUCAAGAUGCAGUUUCAGAUAGAUAAUUUUUUUUCAGUUAAUACAAUUUACAAAAAAGAUAUUGAAAUAGCAGCAAGAGUUGGAGUUGGCAUGGUGGAGUUUUCAGUUCUUGACCUGUGAAAAUAAACAGGAAUACUGAUUCUAAGAUUGAACUUCAGAAAAAACUUUCAAAAUUAUUGGGAAAUAUCGCUUAUAAUGCACCAUACACGUGAAUGUAUUUGUGAGACUUCACAAAAAUGUGCUGCCUGAACAUUUAUAUAGUCAUGGAAGAACAAAUUUAACGAACUGUGAUGUAUUGAAUCCAAAUUGGAGCUGCAUGGGUUUAUACAGUAGGCAGUAAAGAGAGAAUGGGAGCAUUAAUUCUUUACACCCUGUGACUCCACAGGUUUUUUCACAUUUCUGUAGAAUAUUCGCAAUAGAUAUUUGGCAAAUCUUUCUUCAGUUAUUUUGAUGUCUAAUUUAUGUAAUUUAGUUCAUGAUUAAACCAAUGAAACAUACUUUUACAACUUGGAUUAAAUUGGAUAAUUUAGUUUUUCAUUUGAAAAUGAAAAGGUUGCACUUGAAAAAAUGAAGAGAAGAAAAUAUUCUGGGGGAAGUAUUGAAUUAUUAGUUUUUGGGCCAUUUGUUCAUUUGGUUGAUCCAAACAAAAUGUGUUCACUAUGAAAGCAACUCGUUAUAAGCUGUUUUAAAUCCGUUGCUGCACAUUCGCUACAAAUGCUUGCCAUUGUUGUAUAGAGACACAGACGAAAUUUGACAUUGCAUUAUAAUGCCUUGUGAUUUUCCAAUUAUCAGUGAAUUAAUUAUUAUUUUAUUCAUUGCUUUCUUAUAUGAACAUUUGGCUAGGUCAUGAAAUCGUUUUAACUUUCCCCCAUAUUUAGAAUCUCUUAAAUUAGUAGUAUUUGAAAUGCUGUAGGUGAUAAUAUACACAAAACACUGACUAAUGUGUGAUGAUUUAAAAGAAGUUCCUAAAUAAAUUCUAUUGAUAUAAAUUUCUGAUCCGCAGCCAUCCAUUGAUUGGUGUAAGUUGAGUAAAGCGAUGUGCAAAGCUAACCUUUAAUGACUUAGGGGAACAUUUUUUUUUUUCAGUUCGUAUUUAUUUCAUCUCUAAAAACAAUGAGUACAUAUUUGCAUCAAAUAUACACAUCAAGUAUACAGAUUAAUAAUAAAGCGAAUAAAUCAUACAAAAAUAACUUAAGAUAGAUACCAUGAUAUAAUUUGGCCUGUAUGGUCAUAGACGAAAUGAAAUAGGAAGACUUAAAAUAAAGCCAGUAAUGGCCUUGUGAGAUAAAGUCUCCUUAACUAUCAAAUGCUUAUGUGGAAGCUACUUUGCAUAUUAUAAUAAAAACAAAUAUGUAUACAUAUUAAAACCAAAAAAAAUAAUAAUAAUAAAUAGGUGACAUAAGGGGUGAAGGAUACAUGUAUAUACAAAAAAUAUGAUAAGUAACACAUGUUUGAGGAAACCCAUAUUGUGGAUAUAAAAUUGUAACAAAGCUGCUAAAUUAGACAUAUUUUGAAGUAAAGUAUUAUUUUAAUCUUCUUUUAAAGAGGAAGAGAGAUUUGCAUGAGCGAACAAAAUUAGGUACAGAAUUCCAGAUUAAGGGGAAAUUAAAACGCAUAGCUUUUUGUACAAAGGUUUUUCCUACUUUCCAUAAAUGAAAUAAACUCCUCAUACGUAUGUUGUGAUGGUGUACAGUAUUAUUAAUACAAAACAUUUUACUUAACUUGUUUGGCAACUUUUUUGUGAAGUAGAAAAACCCUAAUAUUGCUACUUGAUAUUGAUAAAGAUGAAAAAUAUUCAAAGUAUUCAUUUUACGAAAUAAAGGUGCUGAAGGUGAUAUUUAAAUUGUAUUUAAGAGAAAAUACAAGUCGGCAACAGGCAUUGUUUAUCACCAGAAACUUCUACAACGCAUUGUGCGACAAGAAAGAAAAGGCUUAUUGCAUUUAUAAACCUUUUGGAAAUCCUUUAUCAAAGUGAAGGUGUCAGUCCUUUGUUAGAGCCGGACAAUGGUUAGUCGUAUUGAACAAAGACCAUGGUCUUAAGUUUAUGAGAAGACAGAAGACAGUAAAAAUGUAUUGACAUUGUA